CCUGUGAGCUAAAUAAAGAACGUUGUCACCAACUUUUCCUUUGAUUUCUGUGCAUUUACCGUCUUUGUCGACAAAAUUUACAUGAACUAUUUCAGCUUCACUCUUUGGAUCCUGCCAUUCAUACUCUCCGUGACAUACACAUUGAGUAGUACUUAUGAAUCUUUUCCAAAUGGAAACGAAUUGAAACUUCGUUUGAUGAUUUUGCAAAUAAAUACGACUGAGUGAAAUGAGAUGCCGAUUGUAGUAUACACCACGUACUAAUUUUGAAACAGUAACGGGUAAAAACAUACUAUAUAGUAUGUUAUGUGAAUUUCAAUUCGUUUAGAACUACAAUAGCACAUGCUAAAAAAAUGAGAGAUCCGGACAUAAGGUAUAAUUGACAACAGUUAACACUUUAAAAAUAUAUAUAUAUAAAGAUACGAGUACAAAGUAGUACCCAUGUACUAUAAAUUAAAAAACACAACUUAUGUUAUACUGUUAUAAAUUUGAUAUCAGUACCCAAAACAAUCAAAAAGGCAAAAACUAUAACCGUCUAACCAAGAUGACGUCAUACUAUAAAAAAAAAACAUCUGCCGGUAUGUGUUUUGAAGUGGUGGCAGUGGGCACAGACAAGGUGGUCUAUGGUAUUAUGGUGGUUGUAGAGACAUGACCAUAAAUACCACAUAUCCGGUGUUUUUUUUUUUUUUUUACCAGUGGCGGUGCUGUUUCAUUCAAUUAUUCAAAAUUCGAUUUAUUUUAUAUCUCUGUCGACGAAAAGUGAUAGAUGAUAACAAUCGGAGUAGGCAUGUCUUGUUAGCACCAAGUUGUUAAUAGGUCUAUGGUACAAACUACAAAGUCUAUAGUGUAGACAACCUCCAAGAUGGUGUACAUCAGCCCUCAGGAAACACUUAAAGCAGUCUAAGUGAGAAAGUCUACACAAAAAGCGACCGCACUCGAUGCAAAAUCGCUCGUGGUCCUUUCAUCAAAUACAGUAAGCCAAGAUUGUCAGAAAGUUUAAAAGUACAAUCACCAUUACGGAGUGUAUCACAAUUAGUUUAUAGUUUAUGACACGGUCACGAAUUAAGAAAUAAAUUACUAAGAUAAGAUUUAAGAUAUAUAAGGUAAAAUAUGUUAAUCCGUGGAAACGAUCUAAAGGGUGCCUUCACAGCUUACCGUGAAACGUGAAAUAUUCUAGAACCAUGUAGUGGUUAACCAGUGGUCAAUCAUCAUUUUUUUUUUUUUUUAAUACCCUAUACCGCUUAUACCGGACACUUGAGUUCAAUCCUAUUAAAAAAAUAGUCGGACCAUGUGUUCAUCACGAUUUAAUGAUAAUGGUUCAACAACUAAAUUGUAUCAAUCAUGGUGAAUAAAUUGUGAAUUAUUACGUUUCAUGGUAAUCUGUGAAGGUACCUUUAACCCAUAAGUCCGUUCUUACUAUUUCCUGUAAAAGCGGUCACGUAACCACUACAUCGUCGGUUAAAUUUCGAUUACGACAGUCCGUUCUUAUAACCUUCGAUUUAUAAGGCACGGUCUUAUGUUCUUCAAAAACCGUGAUAUUAUUAUCAGGUAUAAUAUUAUCAACAAAUUUAGUCAUGAUAAAAAAAAAUGUAUUAUUUUUAUAUUUUAAAAUGUAUUUAAUCCUGGUUAUUAUGACCAUAGACAUGUCUAUAAUUAUUGAUUAUGACUAAAUAAAUUUACGAUUACAGCUUCAUAAUUUUAUUGAACAUGUCUCACUUGUUUAUUAAUUGUACGUGUAUAUAUAUUUAAUAUUUAAACAUUAAUAGGUAUUAAAAAUCUAAACUUUGAAUCCUGAAGAACGUUUAAUUUAGUGUAUAUUUAUAACAUUGAAAAACAGAUGGAAGAAACCACAGAAAUACGUAAGAUGGAUGCGGUUCUCAAAUUUGAAUUAAUCAAUUUAUUAGACAUAGAUGAUGGCUGGAAAUCAAUAAUGACUAGAGCAACUGUUGACUGUGAUUUAACUAAAAGUCAAAAAUACACUGUUGAGCAUGUUAAGUAAGAUCCCAUAGUACCUAUUUGUAUUACAAUGCUUAGUUUAUUGUAUUACAUAAAUAAUAUAAUUAUUUUAGGCUCAUAGAAAUGGCUGGCCACACACAACGGCGAUCCUGUAGCGAAAUAUUUUUAGAAGAAUGGGGAACCAGCGGUAAAAUAAGGCCUAAUCUUAAAAUACUUAGGGAUUUAUUGUAUGAUGCAAAUCUAAUAAGAGCUGCUACAUGUGUAGCAUCUAAAAUAUCGAACAGUAACUAAUAAAAUAUAUAAUAAAAUUAUUGAAUCUAAUUAUUAUGUUUAGUACAAACUUAUUUCCAGAUAAAUCGACAAAUGGGUUGACAGUCUCUAAUGAGUUUGAUAAAUACACUGAAAAUUUAAAAUCUACAUUAUGUACUCAUAAUAAUACAAGUAUAAAUAAUACCGAACAUAACGAAUGGUAAUAACAAAAAAAUAAAUAAUAAUAAAUAAAUACCUACUUAAGUAUUAAUUUUGAUUUUUUUUUUUAGGGGGGAGUAAAUAAUCAUUUUUAGUGUAAAGGAAUUUUGUUUACUAUUUUAUAAAAUUAUUAAUGACUAGUUUAUUGCUUUACAAAUGUAUUUAUUUUAUUUUUGUAGGUUUGAUGAAAUUAAAUUACCUUAUCAAUAUUUAUCUGAAGCUACCAAUGGAUUUUCAGAAUCGUGUUUAAUUGGAGCUGGUGGAUUUAGCAAAGUAUUCAAAUCUAGAUUAAAUUUAAAACAAAAUAAUCAAAUAGUAGCAAUAAAACGUUUGGAACAUGAUUUCAAUAUUAAAGAUUUCAAACAAUACUUAAAUGAAAUUUGUAUUGUUUUAAAAUUUAAACAUGAUAAUGUAUUACCAUUACUAGCAAUAUCAUAUGAUGAACAACCAUGUUUUAUUUAUGAAUUUAUGGAAAAUGGUUCAUUACUUGAAAACAUUGCAUGUGAUGUAUGUUAUUAAUAAUUUUUAUUAAGAAAUAGAAUUAUUUCUGCUAUUAUUUUGUUAAUGAUUAAAUUAUCUAGAUUAAAUCAAUAUUAUUGGAUUGGAAACUUAGAAUUCAAAUUGGAACAGAUAUUGCUCGAGGAAUAGUGUACUUACACACAGAAUUUGAAACUCCAUUUAUUCAUCGAGAUAUUAAGACUGCUAACAUUCUUCUAGAUAAUAAAUUUAUUGCCAAAGUAUACAAACUAUAAGUAAUGUGUAAUAUAAUAUAUAUAUAAAAGAGAAAAUUGAUUGGUUAUUUAUAUACUAUUUAUAGAUUGGAGAUUUUGGAUUAAUGCGUAUAGGAAAUCAUACAAUGACAUCUGUAGUGUGUGGAACCUCUGCUUACAUGUCACCUGAGGCAUUUAGAGGCGACAUAUCUGUGAAAGUAGAUGUAUUUAGCUUUGGAAUUGUAUUAUUGGAAUUAUUAACAGGAUUGGCACCAAUAGAUAAAUCUCGAACUGGUUAUGAUUUAGUAAGUAAUCCUAACUUUAACAUAUUAUAUAAAAUGUCCAUUUUUUUAAACCAGUAACCUAAGUAGGUGAUUAAAAUAUCUUAUUUUUUUAGUUGACUGCAUUAGUUUGUAAUCAUAUUUUUUGUAUUCCCUCAUUGUUUAUUAAAUCAAAGAAAUUUAUCAUAUUGAUUUUUAACUUUCAAUAUAAAUUUAUAAUUAAAUUUUUUUUUGUAUUUAUUUUUAUUUUUUAUAUUUCAGUAUUAAAUUCUAUACAAAUUACAUUUCUGAUUUAUUUUGUGUGUAUUGAUCUCAUAAUAGGUAAUCCACAUAAAGAAGUAGAAAAUUAGACUUAAUGAAUACAUAUUAAGUAAUAAAAUAUGUCCCUAUUUAUAGUUUCUUAAUAUUUACUAUUUGUAUUAAUUGUAUACAUUAUUUUAAAUGCAUGUUUGUUUUAGUUAACUCAUAUAAAUGAAAUUGAAUGGCCUGUUGAAAAACUAUUAGAUAAACGUGCUGGAAAUUGGGACAACAGUAUUGCUGAAAAAAUCUAUGACUUAGCACAAAUAUGUUGUACAGCUACAAAAUCUCAAAGACCAGUUAUGCAUGGCCAAGAUGGUGUUCUUGAAUCUCUUAAAAAUAUUCAAUCUGAAAAUUGAUGUCUAAGAAUUUUUAAAUACUAAUAAAAAUAUAAUAUUAUAAUUAAUAAACAAAAUAUUUUUAUAUUUUUUGAUUUAUUAUAAUUACUUAUAUAAAAAUUGUAUAUUUAGAAAAUAAAACAACUUUAACCCAUAAUUAAAACAUAAAUAAUUAUGAUGUAUUUUUUUUUUUUUUUACAAAAUUAAAGUAGUAUCCAUUAGUGAUCCAGGAGAAAGAGGUCAUCACAAAAUUAUGUACGGUCACUAACACAUAAAACUAAAAAAAAGAUGGACAUACUUUACACAUGGGUGGGCCACUGUUGUAGGUGGGAAGUUGAGAAGGUAUUAGAGGAAAAAUUGAAUGUAUAUCUAUAAGCAACAAUAAACCAUUGUGUAAUGAUAUACACAAUAUUGUACAUAUCAUAAUUUUAAUAAGUAUUGGCUAGUUAUAUUAUAUUAUAUUACUGAUAUAAUAGUGUAAUAUUAUAUUUACACAUUUGUAUUAUAUGACUAUAAAUUUUAUAACCUAGUCAAUUUAUAUUCGAUAAUUAAUUAAUUAAUAUGAUAUUGACAACCAGAUGUCAGCACACACACUACCAUUUUUUCUCCUUACAUAAUCCUUAGUCUAAUUAUUCGGCCCAGAACCCUUCCUCUCGCCGAAACGUACGUUGCUCUAUUUCCCGUAUGUAUUUUCUCUGCAUCAAUAAAAUACACAAUUUUACUUGUGUUUUGCUUUGACAUUGCUACUUAUUAUAGAAAUACUGUUGCUUAAGAAAUUCCAUCCAGGAUAGGUAAGUAUACCAUACAAUUUGCAUUUCAUAUUUAUUUCUUAUUAUUAUAGGAAGUAGUGAAUGAUCUAGGUAGUUAAUUGAAUUGUAUAUUUAAUCAUCCUAUAUUCUAAUUCCCCCAUCAUUUCAUUUAUUACAAUUGUUAAUGAAAAAACCAUAUGUCAUAUUAUGGUAAAAUAAUUACAUAAGAAUUAUAUAUUUUCUCUAAUAAUAUUUGUUUAAUAUUCUACUUAUUUUCCCGUUUUUUCAGGAUUUUAUAAUUUAUUGGGAAAAAUCCAUAAAAAAUCAAAUAAUGACCUCCUUAAAGAACCUCUCGAGUCAAAUUUUGUAAAAGUGCUAUCAUUGUAAAUUGGAGCAAAAUUGCUAGUAGAAAAGUUGUUCAAUAAAAAAAUAUCUUUGAAAAACCAUAAGCUAAACCAUUCACUCCACUCAGAAUCUAAACUGAAUACCUAUUGUUAUAUACAUAUAUAUAUAUAAAAAAAAAUUCUUGCUAUAUUUUACAAUUUUUAAAGGACCUCCCCUACCCACCCUCUUGAUUAUUAAGUAGUUAUGAGAAAGUUUAAGUAUCAUUUAUACCUAGAUAAUUACAAAUAAUAUUGCAUAUUUGUAUAAAUAAUAGUUGCC